UAGAGUAGGAAAAGGAUAUUUGACAUAUUUGCCUGCGUUACCCCAUCCAAAAUUCAGCCAUUUCAAACAAACUUAUCACAAUUUGACUUUAUUUUUUAUGAAUAUUCUCGAACAAUUCUCAGUUUUUCUUUAUUUGCCAGCUCAAAAUCAACUGGAGCUAACAAGAAGCAUUCAACAAUGGAAAAAGAUUGAAUAUUUAACAAAAAUAUCUAUAUACACAGCUUCCUUCAUCUUCAUUCUUAUCUCUAAAACUGCCAAAAGGAACCAAUUAACCAAUCACAACAAAAAAAUGGAGAAGCUCUCAAGUGAGAUUGUGAUUGACAUACUUUCAAGAUUACCUAUCAAGUCCCUUGUAAGGUGCAGGGAUUUGGAGGAUCCUGUUAGUGUUGUUGUGGGGUUUGGUUUUUUGCCUAAGAUGAAUGUAUAUAAGGUGGUGGAAAUUGUGUAUUAUAAGAGGGAAAUAGUUGAUGAUGAUUUGAGGUCUAAUGUUUAUGUAUACACUAUGGGGGAUGAUAAUUCAUGGAGACAUAUUGGCUCUUCUCCUUAUUCACUGCGCGGUAGGUAUUUCUCCGAGGCAUUUGUGGAUGGAGCUGUUCAUUGGGUUAGUUCUGGCUAUGAUGGUCCUAAACUUGUUGAUCGGAUUGUUGCGUUUGAUUUGGAAAAUGAAGUGUUUAGAGUCAUUCCUCAUCCUGAUUUUGAUUCGGGUAGACUUAACUAUACUUUGGGAGUUUUACAAGGUUGUCUUUCGGCUACUAGAUAUAAGGUUCAAGAUUAUGUGGAAAUUUGGAUAAUGAAGGAUUAUGGUGUCAAGGAGUCGUGGACAAAGUGUUUAAAAAUAGUUUGUAGUGAAGUUGGGCUAAUGAUCGGAGCAGUCCAGCCGCUCUUGUUCCCGAGAAAUGGAGAAGUGAUGCUGCAGCAUGGUGGCACUUUGUUUUGUUAUAAUCCUCUGACAAAGAAACUACGCGAACUUCGUAUUUCUGGAAUGCCACGGUCCUUCAAGGCGUUUAUUCAUGUUGGCUCUCUUGUUUCACCCCGAAAGUUAUUAAAAUUCGAGAAUACUGAAUUUGCUUGAUUUGGCAUAAGCCUCUCCAGUGAAUUUUUCAGCAGAAACAUGACUGCGAUUGGUUCAAGGAUUUGAUCAGAGUGAAGUGGUUGUUUUCGUGUAUGAGAGAAAUGCUAUACACAUAGUAUCUGGGCAUUGUCCAGCCAUUACAUGAGGUAAAACACAAUAGGUGCUAACCUACUUGUGACAUUUCUGACUGUCAUUGUACAUGUGAUUUAACUCAUCAAAAGUGUGAUUUUGAAUUUAACUCAUUACUUGUGUGUUGAUGCCCCGCUAGGUUAGUUUGAGGUUGUUUGUUGUAUAAGCAGUAUACCUCAUUGCAGCAUGUUAAUAACAGUUACAAAAUUUGGAUGUCCUGCUCUGAAUAUAUCUUAUAUUUUAAGACUUGGUGGAUUGCAA